AUGGCAGACUCUAGCGAUGCGGCUACGCCGCUCAAGAUCAACAUCAAGGGUCCUUCCGAUCUGAAGAUCACCGUCGACAUCACUUCGGAUCAAACCGUGCGACAGCUCAAGGAAGCCAUCGAGAAGCAAAAGCCCGACGUCCCCGCUGAUGCGCAACGACUCAUCUACGCCGGCAAGGUGCUCAAGGACGAAGAAGCACUUUCGGUCUACAAGGUCAAGGACGGUAACACUGUGCACAUGGUCAAGUCGGCAGCUCGAUCCGCCCCUACUACGGGCAAUCCCUCGGUACCUGGUACUGCACCCUCUGCGAGCAACCCGUCAAGCAACGCCGCCGCAUCGCAGUCGCAAGGCGUGCCAUCCAACUUUUCGGCCGGUCAAAACUUCACCAAUAACCCUCUCUCGGCGCUCAACCGUGCCGACUAUGCCGGCCCGCACAUGGCAAGACUGCUCAACGAGAGCGGUGGCGCUUUCGGCGGCAUGGGUCUCAACCCGCGCGAUCCCAACAUGAUGAUGGGUCUGAUGCAGAAUCCCGAAGUGCAGCGUCAGAUGCGCGACAUGAUGGCUCGUCCGGAGUUCAUCGAUCAGAUGAUCGCUAUGAACCCGCAGCUGCAAGGCAUGGCGCCGCAGAUGCGCGAGAUGAUGCGCUCGGAGCAGUUCCGCGAGAUGAUCACCAACCCGGAGACGAUGCAGAGGAUGACGCAGAUGUCGCAGCUCAUGGAGAGCGCCGGCAUGGGAGGAGGAAUGGGUGGUAUGGGCGGUCUCGGUGGCCUCGGCGGCUUUGGUGCCGGUGCGGCAGGCAACAACGCCGGCGCUGGCGGUCAGUGGCCUCCUCCUGGUGCCUUCGGUCAGGCUGGCGGCAACAACAAUGACGGCGCACGCACCGCCAGCCAAGGCACCACUGGCUCUGAUGGAUCGACCGGCCAAGCGCCAGCGAAUCCGUUUGGCGAUCCCUCGUUCCUUCAGCAGAUGUUUGGCGGCGCCGGGGCUGGUGGGUUUGGAGGUCUCGGCGGACUCGGUGGGAUGGGUGGAUUCGGCGGAGGAGGCGCUGCCGCAUCGCGAGACACUCGACCGCCUGAGGAGCGCUUCUCAUCGCAGCUAGAGCAGAUGCAGGGAAUGGGCUUUUACGAUGGUCAGGCCAAUGUUCGAGCGUUGUUGAUGGCUGGUGGUAGCGUAGAGGGUGCGAUCGGGAUUUUGCUGGAUAACCCGAAUCCGCCAGCGCCCGGCAACUGA